UGUGGUGGCGCUAGCGAAUCAACCAGCAAGGGUGUAGUGCGAGUGGUGGAGGGCGGGGAGUGUUCGGGGAAAAUUGGUUGCGUUGCGAUGAUGAGUUGGAGGAACCAGCCACAGGGUUUUCACGUCGCUUCCUGCGAUUUAAAGGUCGUCCUGGAAUUCCCCAAAUCCCUCGGAAUGCACCUCCCCCUCUCGUGUGGACGGGAGUGUCCGGAUCUGUCCGUGUCACGAAGGCUUAAUUGAUUGGAUGUGCUGCAGCCGUAAAUCAGUUAAAUCUCGAGUAUGGUAAAACAACGAACCUCACACCCGGAUGAUGUCUAAUUCAUCUCACUACUAUGGAAUGCCGAAUGGUUUCCCACAUGCUUCCAAUGGACCGCAAGUGCAGCCACAGCAACUGUUGUACCAGCAGCACCAGCAGCAGCCACAGUCCGUCGUACAGUCGCCUCCAACUGCACCAAGCAAUCCAGCUAAGGGAAUGAUGAUGAGCAAUGGUCCUCCAUCGUCAAGCACGGCACCGACCGGAAAUGGUCGACCAUGGCCAGAAGUGGCAGGACCAUUUCCAGCAGUGCUAACGAACGGACCUCCGUCGUCACAGCCAGGAUUGGGCCCACCGAAACCCUCGUUCGGUGCACCCUCGAUGGGGCAGAUGUACGUGCAGCAACCGCCCCCAACAAUGGUUAACAAUCAGCGUGUUGCUUCGCUAGCCGCCGCUACCAAUGGAAACAGUGCAAGCUCUUCGCGUACCUCUUCGCCGGCACUGGUGGGCGCUAAUGGCGGCAUUGGGUCACAGCAAUUCCCGUCAAUCGGAGGCCUGAACAACAAUCAGGGGCCGACACCAUCUAGUCAACAACAUCCACCACAAACGUCACGUCCAGGAGCAGCUGUUGGUGGUGGGCAGUACAAUCUGAGCCCGAACAAUAACAACUACGCGAACAAUGGUGGUGCACCGGGAAAUCAUGUUAAUACACCGCCACGCAGUGCAUCGGGUAUGUCAACACCGGUGAAUUCCUCGACACCAAAUCUGAAUGGAGUAGCUACCGUGCCGGCUGCUCCGAACGCGUUCAGUAAACUGACGGCAAGUGUGCAGGAUCUAAGCCUAAAUCGGCCACCAUCGACAGCGGGAGCGAACUCCGGUGGAGCCGGCGGUCUGUUUCCACCUGUGGCAGGAAGUCAACAGCAACCACUCAGCAAUGGCCUAUCAACUAAUACACCACAAUCGAACCCGAUGGUUGUAAAUGGUCCAACCACACAGGGUCCUACGGCGGUUAACGCAUCUGUCAAGCAACAAUCUGCUGGACCGGUGCCACCAUCCUACGGCCAUUUACCUCCACCAUUGAAUCAACAGUCGCAGCAACCGCAACCAAAUCAAACACAGCGUCCACCGUUGGCACAACAACAGCCUCCUGCGUUCGGUGGUAUCCCCAAUGGACCCUCUAAUCCACCGCCUGCGAUGGGCGGAUCUCAGUAUGCGUUGGCAGCUUCGGCCAGCACCGGAGCCCCUCAACCAACUGCGAACAAGCGGCCAAUGUAUCCUGCUGCCGCGAAAUCAGUGACGGGAGGGUUCCCACAACAAGCGCAGCAGCUGGUACCGCCACAGCCUGGUGGUAGUUAUGGUCAGCAGCACCAGCAACAACAGCAUGCGGGUUUGCCACCGAUGCCUCAGCAACCGAACUACGCCCAACCGCCGACACAACAACAAUAUCAACAACAGCACCAGCAACAGCAGCAACAGCAACAGCAGCAACAAUUUCAACACCAACAGCCACAGCAUCAACAACCAGCACCUCAACAGAUGCAUCAUCAGCCAGGGUUCGGGGCAGCGGCUUCGGCCGCCUAUCCAGGCGAUGCGUCCGGCAAUGUGGUACGUGGAGGAUUCAAUCGCUUGUGGGGCAACAAUACGGUGGAUUUGCUUCAAACUCGUCACAUCCUACCCACCGAUCGUGUGCGACCACCGACGAUACAUCUAGUGAAUCCGUUCCAGGAGUCCAUCAACUGCAAUCCAGACAUAUUCCGUUGCACGCUGACCAAGAUACCGGAAACAUCAGCUUUGUUGCAGAAAUCUCGUUUACCACUGGGUGUAUUGAUUCACCCGUUCCGUGAUUUAAAUAACCUCCCCGUCAUCUCUUGUAAUACGAUCGUCCGCUGUCGUUCCUGUCGGACCUACAUCAAUCCGUUUGUCUUUUUCGUCGAUAGUAAAAAGUGGAAAUGCAAUCUUUGCUACCGCGUCAAUGAGCUUCCGGAAGAGUUCCAGUACGAUCCGGUUACGAAGACGUACGGUGAUCCGACGCGAAGACCAGAAAUCAAAUCGAGUACUAUCGAAUUUAUUGCACCAUCGGAGUAUAUGUUGAGACCCCCACAACCAGCUAUCUAUCUGUUUCUGUUGGAUGUUUCGUCGCUGGCACAGCAAUCUGGCUAUUUAAACACCGUAUGCAACACACUCGCUGAGCAUCUAGAAAAUCUGCCCGGUGACGCCCGGACGCAGGUCGGUUUCAUUGCUUAUAACAGUGCGAUUCACUUUUAUAACAUAGCCGAAGGCUUCAAUCAGCCGCACGAAGUGACGGUCUUGGAUGUAGAAGAUGUGUUCCUGCCGUAUCCGGACAAUCUGCUUGUUAACUUGAAGGAGUGUAAGGAAUUGAUUAAAGAUUUGUUAAAACAGCUUCCGAAGCGAUUCGAGCAUACGCACGAUACACAUAGUGCGCUCGGGGCAGCACUGCAGGUUGCUUUCAAGAUGAUGAGUGCUUCCGGCGGACGCGUUACCGUGUUCCAAACAUGUCUCCCGAACCACGGCCCAGGAGCGUUACAGUCAAGAGAGGACCCGAAUAACCGUUCAUCGAAGGAUGUAGCACAUCUGGGACCGGCGACGGAUUUCUACAAACGCCUUGCGCUGGAAUGUUCCGGCCAGCAGAUUGCAGUAGAUUUAUUUUUGUUAAAUAGUCAAUACUGUGAUUUAGCUACAAUAUCUGGUAUAAGUAAAUUCAGUGGCGGUUGUCUGCACCAUAUCCCACUGUACAGCGAGUCGAAACCGCAGCUGGUGAAAUCGCUGCGCAAGUGCUUUGAGCGAUAUUUGACACGCAAAAUCGGCUUCGAGGCUGUCAUGCGUGUCCGGUGCACUCGCGGGCUAGCCAUCCAUACAUUCCAUGGUAACUUCUUCGUCCGCUCGACAGAUCUGCUGUCGUUGCCGAACGUGAAUCCUGAUGCAGGCUUCGGGAUGCAGAUCACGUACGAAGAAAGUUUGGCCGAGUGUAAAUCGGUAUGCUUCCAAGCGGCACUGCUGUAUACAAGCAGCAAGGCCGAACGGCGGAUUCGGGUACACACACUUUGCAUACCGGUGACCGCUAGUCUCACGGAGGUUAUGUACUCUGCCGACGCACAGUGCAUAGUGGGGCUGCUGUCGAAGAUGGCCGUCGAUCGGUCGCUCAGCUCUAGCCUUUCCGAUGCCAGAGAUGCCUUUAUCAAUGCGACCGUCGAUAUAUUUAGCGCGUUCAAGAUUGCUCAGAAUCUGCCACAAAACUCCAGUACGAUUGUGGCUCCGGAAAAUCUAAGCCUCUUACCGCUUUACAUCCUAGCACUGUUGAAGCACCCCGCCUUCCGAACAGGCACCAGCACCCGGUUAGAUGAUCGCGUGUUUGCGAUGUGUGAGAUGAAAUCGCUGCCGCUUGACCAACUGAUUCGCUACAUCUAUCCAGAGUUUUACGUUCUCGAUUGCCUGUUCGUUACUCAUAGUGGCGGUGGUUAUGUCGAUGACGGGCGCAAGCUGGAACCACCGCGCUUGCAGUUAUCAGCAGAGAAGUUGGACUCUAGAUCCAUGUUCCUGCUAGACUGUGGAUCUUACAUGUUCAUCUACAUUGGUUCGAAUGUAGCUACCAGUAUCGUCCAGGACAUUCUCGGUUACAACUCCGUCUCAGAGAUACCCGAUUUUUGCAUUGAUCUGCCUAGUCGCGAGACGGCGGCCAGUGAGGCACUGCUUACUUUCUUGGAUAGCAUUAAUGAGGAAAAGCCUUAUACUUCUUACGUGCAGGUCAUACGUGAUACGAGCCAGUUCCGGUCGAUGCUGGUCGAAAAGUUCGUCGAUGACCGUAAUCCAAAUUCGUUGGCGUACUAUGAGUUCUUGCAGCAUUUACGUACACAGAUAAAGUAAGGCGUGUGUCGCCAGGUUCGGGUCAGGCAAACCUACUACUCGGAUGGUCACCUGUUCCGUACAUGCAUGUAUCUGAAUGCUUAUUUUCUAUGGCUUUGGCGGUCAAACAAAGAUGCCCUGCUGUAAGCUCCUUCCUUCUCUUCUACUUGUGUAUUAUACAAACGCUGAUUAGUAGUAGCGGUGGACCGAAUGAAAGGUAUAGCAAUAGGAAACUAAAGAAGGUGCGUGGUAGUUCGUUGCAAAACAUAAAGCAAAUCAUUUUGAUCAAAGUUUUAAACGUAAAUCUAACGAAAUCGCUACGCUGCAAAGAAAUAGAAUGGAUAGGAUGAAUGCAUCUGGUUACAACUAGGGGACAAAUUGUGUAAAGUAAACCAAGAUCAUGUGUAUCAUGUGAAUGAACGAAACAGGAAUAUAUAUUAGAAAGGUAAAAGAGGUCACUCAUGCUAAAACCAUCCAAGAUGCAUGGGUAUGUGUGCUGGAUUGGUGAAAUGUCGACAGUGCAUGAGGCGUUAGCAUGGAGUAAACGUCACUAACCUGUUACGAAACGGUGUGAUCGUCCGCCGGGGAAGAGGAGAAAGAAGUAGGUUUAAUUUAGGAAAAAUAUUAAAUUAAAAAAGGCAAAUAAAGUUGAAUCACAUGCCACGAAGAGAGAAGGAAAUGAAUGAAAGAAGAUCCACACGCAUACCAACCCACACCGCAGGAACGAUAAGUAUAGGAAAAUGAAGCAAACACAGUUGUAGAACAAAGCGGUACGUACGUAUGUGGGAGCAAGGAAACAAUAAAACACGAGCGAGAGCGAAAAGGCUCCAAAAUAGUUAAACGAAUUUUUGUGCAUUCUAGAUAAAAAUUGAUCGCACCGUGGGAGCGCCUCAUUCAUUUGUGGAGGUCUGCGUUUAUAAAUGAAUUAGUAAUUUACCUACCAACUAUAACGGGCCCGCGAGCCAAGGAUAGAAUUUAAAAGCAUACACUAGCACGCCAACAUUUAUUACCAGCAGCAACAGCAGCUAGUAGCAGUUCCGCUGAGGCGGAGUAAGUAAAGGAUUUUUUAUGUUGUUACUUACCGGUUCGCCCACCGGUGCUGUGUGGAAAUGGUUCGUUGAACAGAAAAAAGCAAACUGUACAGGCACUAGCAGAUACGAGAAAUACUCUACUUCUAUCCUAAUUUCGGUUUGUCAUUUUACGAAACAAUCGUUGCUCGAGAUCGGUACGAGAGAGCAGCAAGUAGUAUAAUGCGUGCGGGAGAAGGCAGUUAACAGAUUUUGAAAUCGUAAAGGUGUUUAUCGAUAUUUAAAUUUCAAGUUAACAUUCAACCAGAUAAAACCUACACAAUCCCAUUUGCGCUUGAUCGUCCUCUCGCCACGGUGUGGGAUGCAAUUUAGGAUACGUUUUCAAUUUUUCAAUAUGUACUCCUUACUCGCGAGAGCAGGAAGCGCACUGUUGUACUAGUAGUAGAUGAAGGGGAGAUAAGCUGGUUUGAUUAUUUCCCCCAAAUAGUUGUGUUGUGUUUUUUCAUGCUAGUUGUAUCAUAUGCAUACUAUCGUCAUAGCUUUCUGACAUGCUUUCAUAGAUAACGCAGAAGAUUAGGAGCACGGCAAGAGUAAACCCCGCAGGACAGUUGAUUUCGGCUGCUGUACGUAGAGGUUUAGGGCGUUGAACGCAUAGGUUGUUGUUGCUUUGUGAAAUAUGUUCAUUUUUGUUCCUUUUCCUGUCUCAAUAUACUAUGGGUUGCUAUUUGGUUAGGUGGCGUCUCUCUGCUAAGGGAUAGUGAUACCGUGGCGGCUUUUGCGCUUUAUCUGCAAUCAAUAAGCGACGAAGCGGAAGUACUACGGAGAGGAAGCGCAUCCAAAUAUGGCUACCAAAAGAGGACAAAGAGAAGCAGCAUGUGGUGGCAGGGUGGGGUGAAAUAUUUGGUGUACUGUGUAUCUAUACGAUGUAAGACGUAUUAAAUUGCGAUAAAUUAUCAAC